AUCUCAUUGCUACCUAAAUCUGGUGUGAUGGACUUCAAUAUCCGCUACAAUGUCACUGUCAAUGGACCGAAGAUUCAAGAUCACUUUUCAUCGAUUUUUGCUACAUACCACCACAUACCAGUACUCUUCACAAUUUAUUUCUUUACGGUCAAGUUGAUCGGUCCAAGGAUGAUGAGUGAGAGAAAACCAUACGAUUUAAAGACUGUUUUAAGGAUUUACAACCUAGCACAAGUAUUCAUUAACUCUUAUCUGUUAUAUCUGAUAAUUUUUAAUUGGGGAUAUGGAAUACUGAAAGCAUGGAAUCAUAUUUGUAACCCUGUUACUGAAACUGUCGGCUUCGAUCAUCAGAACCAGAUAAUAAUGUUAAAAGUGAUGUACUAUUAUUAUCUUAACAAAAUUUUAGAUCUUUUAGACACAGUAUUUUUUGUAUUGCGGAAAAAGCAAUCGCACGUCACUUUUCUGCAUUUGUUUCAUCACUCAACUAUGAUAUUAAGCACGUGGAUAACGGUUGUUUAUUUAAGAGAGCAAGUCGGAUCUCUUUUUGGUUUUCUCAACAUUGCAGUGCAUAUUUUGAUGUAUUCAUACUACUUUUUGUCAUCAUUUGGACCAUCUAUGCAAAGAUAUUUAUGGUGGAAGAAACAUCUAACAAGAAUGCAAAUGCUACAAUUCAUAAUGAUGUUAGCAAUACUGGCAAAAAUGAAGAUGGUUAGCUGCACAAUCAGCCCUUGGUUUUGGACUUUGUGGUGUUUUAAUAUCUCAUCUUUCUUUAUUCUCUUUUUACACUUUUAUAUAAAAUCUUACAGGAAGAAAAAGGUUGAAUAAUAUGUGAUUAUUUGUUUUGUAAGGAUCGUAUUUUGUUUAAAUAGUUAACUAAUUUUCAAUUUCAUAUGACUGAAUUGUAAUGGAACCCUUGAAACUGUUUAUUCAAAGUAAUUGAACCAUGAUUAAUGAAUUGAUGAAAUUAUGCUAAUACACAAAACGAUGAAAUAUUGUAUAAAGAAUAAACAUUACACACUUUAUAUU